UCACUGGGGUCUCUAUGGAGACGGGAAUCAACAGCCGAGCCUCGCCCGGACGGCAGCGGCGCGUCUCCCAGAGCCAGAGGGGUGGUUUUCUCCCCCUUUUUUUUGCAAGGCGCAGCGUAGUGGAAGGCAAGCAGGAAUCUCCUCCCAUCAUCUGCUGAUGUAUUUUAAAAUUUGCAACCCAGGACCUCUUAACUGUUGAAACCUAACUAACCUGAGGUGGAGAAUUGCUUUGCGAAAUUCAUAGAAGUGUGAAUUUUGAAGGAUAGCUGUGUUCACGUACUGCUUUGAAGUGAUUUGAACAUCAUGGCUGAGAGCACAGACAUGGCUUCAUUGGAGGAGAGCUUCCGGAAGUUUGCCAUCUACGGCGACACCAAAGCUACAGGGCAAGAAAUGAAUGGCAAGAACUGGGCCAAACUCUGUAAGGAUUGCAAAGUAACCGAUGGAAAAGGGGUCACCAGCACAGAUGUGGACAUUGUCUUCAGCAAGGUGAAAGGGAAGACGGCCAGAGUCAUAAACUAUGAGGAGUUCAAGAAGGCCUUGGAGGAGCUGGCCCCAAAGAGGUUUAAGGACAAAGGCAAAGAGGAAGCGUAUGAAUCCAUCUGCCAGCUGGUGGCAGGCAAAGAACCGACUAACGUGGGCGUCACUAAAGCCAAGGCUGUGGGCGCAGUGGAGAGGCUCACCGACACGUCCAAGUACACAGGCUCCCACAAGGAACGUUUCGACGAGAGCGGGAAGGGGAAAGGCAAGAGCGGACGGGAGAACAUUGUGGACAACAGUGGGUACGUGUCGGCCUACAAGCAUGCCGGCACUUACGAUGCCAAAGUGAAGAAAUAGGAGCGGCUGCCGCACCCGUUUGAAGGAAGGGCCACCCUAAUGACACGCCCCCUUGCCCUCGUGGGGGUUCGGCUCUGCUCGGCCUCACUCCAGCCCCAGAGCAAUAGCUGGAAGGGGUGCCUGUCCUCGAAUGGUUUACGCAGCUGCAGUGUGACCCGGCCACGCACCUCGCUUCCCAAUGUUACACAAACUCAGACUUUUAUCUGCGGCACCCGCCUGCGCAGCCCACCAAAGGCCUCUACAGCUCAAAUGUCUCUCUUACCUCACUCUAACCAGCCCCCUCCCCACUGCUUUCCUCACUAGUGCUAAUAAUGGGAGUCUUCUGCACCGUAGAGGAAAUAAAAGGAAAGCUUCAUUUGUCGUGCAGCUUCUAGGGCCACAAAGCUUCUGUCAGGGCAACAAGAUGGCAAUCCCUGCCACACAGUUCCCAGGCUUCUAACAGCGUUUCCUCAUAGCCCUUGCUCCUCCAACUCGUGAUGGUGUCUACUUCCUGUUUGCAGGGGAUCCCAGUGCUUCCCAUGGCAUCAUUUCACGGCUUUUGAUUGUAUCAGAAAAGCAGUAUAUAAAAUAAAAGUACUACUCACAAUCAUCUUGCUGACAAGGCAACUGAUCCCUUUUAAACACUGCACAUUUAAUGCAGGUGUGGGGAAACUCCUCGUCCUGUGGAAAACCACAUUCCCUCAGGUGGAUAUCUGCUGGGGGCACCAUGCCAUUUGUGGGCACAGCUAAACCCAGGGGGAAAGGGCAGGAAGGGCAGGGAAGAAAUUUGAUUCAUUUCAGAUGUAAAGGCAAAUCUGUUUAAUACCACACUGAAUAGUGACCGUCCUUCAAACUUCACACCUGUCUGAAUUUUGGAGUUUUCCAGCCAAGAAAUACAUACAUGUCUAUAAAUGCAUAUAUUCAUGAAAAUGCUGUUAAAAACGCAUUGUAUUAGAGGAAACUGCCCAGCAGAAAUUUGCAUGUUAGGAUAAAUGGCAUACAAACAUGCAUUUAUAAUAGGAGAAAUUUGCACUAAUGGGAAAAUGCAUGUAUUUGCCUCCAACGAAGUUAAUGGUUAUUAAUUUCAAUGGGUCUACUCUGAGUAGAAUUAACAUUGGCUACAAGCUUUCGUAAGUGCUUGCAAACGUGUAUCGGGAGAAAUUUCCACAAAAAUGUUAAUGCAUUUUCAUGUGGACUUAAAAAAAAUAUCACAAACUGAUGUGGUGGGCUGAGAUCUUGUUCUGGGUAAAGAGACUACUGAGUCAGAGCAUCUCAACAUAAAAUAAUGCCCUUGGGAUCCCAAGUGUGUUGGAAUUCCGCUGCAUGUGGAACAUUACAAUGUGAUCCAGACCUCAAUAGAACGAUUUUUGUUGUCUUCUCCUGCAGUUGAAGCAUGCCCGACUCUCGAUUAGGGAUGGGCGAAUCUGUCAAUUCUGAUUUCUCCUAUUUUCUCCUUUUUCCAAGUUUUGCACAUGCAUGCAUCCCUUUGUGAUUUUUUUAAAAUAGCCAUUU